GCCGCUCCAGGCCCCGCCCCGCCCCCUCAGAGCGCGUUCGGCUCGGCAGCCUGUGGGACGCGAUCGCCGCGCUUGUCUCGCUCCUUUGUGCUCGGGCGGCGGCGACCUCUCGGGUCCUCCCCGACGCAUCCUCGGCCAGCGAGCUCCGCGCUCUCCGGUGACGGACCAUGUCGGCGGCGGGAGCGGGCGCGGGCGUGGAGGCGGGCUUCUCCAGCGAGGAGCUGCUGUCGCUCCGCUUCCCGCUGCACCGCGCCUGCCGCGAUGGGGACCUGGCCACGCUCUGCUCGCUGCUGCAGCAGACGCCGCGCGCCCACCUGGCCUCUGAGGACUCCUUCUAUGGCUGGACGCCCGUGCACUGGGCCGCGCAUUUCGGCAAGUUGGAGUGCUUAAUGCAGUUGGUGAGAGCGGGAGCCACACUCAAUGUCUCCACCACGCGGUACGCGCAGACGCCAGCCCACAUUGCGGCCUUUGGGGGACAUCCUCAGUGCCUGAUCUGGCUGAUUCAAGCAGGAGCCAACAUUAACAAACCGGAUUGUGAGGGUGAAACUCCCAUUCACAAGGCAGCUCGCUCUGGGAGCCUAGACUGCAUCAGUGCCCUUGUGGCGAAUGGGGCUCACAUCGAGUUUAUUUCACAGAGCAGUGUACAUUCUUGUCUUCCAGGGGAACUUCACCAUGGAGUUACUUUUGAUCCCUCAGUUUUAAUUCAGUGUCCUAAAGGUUUACAAGUUCAAUUUACUCUAUUUUAUUCAGCCCUUUCACUUACUCUGCCAUCACUUCCUACUUUAAUAGGAGUUUUAGCUACUGUAGAAGUCUCAGAUCUUUCCUUUUACUAUCUUGUUACAAAGGAAUCUGAAAUAGUCUUUGUUUUCUGUACAGCUCCAAGCUUGGAUUCUGCCGUACCACUCAUGAAUGGCGACACAGAAGACGAUGCUGACAAAAUGCACGUUGAUAGGGAGUUUGCUGUUGUAACAGAUGUGAAAAACAGUAGCUCCGUAUCGAAUACAUUGACAAAUGGAUGUGUCAUCAAUGGACAUUUGGACUUCCCCUCCACGACCCCGCUCAGUGGGAUGGAAAGCAGGAGUGGCCAGUGCUUGACAGAAGCUAACGGAAUUAGCAGUGGAUUAGCCCCAGGACAGCCGUUUCUGCGUAGCCAGGGUUCUGUCUACAUUAGUGGGAAUGAGGAGCCGGAGGAGACCGUGAGAGCUAACCCUGAGUUGUGUGGUUCUCUGCACCUGAAUGGGAGUCCGAGUAGCUGCGUAGCCAGUAGGCCUUCCUGGGUAGAAGACAUUGGGGAUAACCUGUACUAUGGACACUACCACGGGUUUGGGGACACUGCUGAAAGCCUCCCAGAGCUGAACAGUGUGGUCGAGCAUUCCAAUUCCGUGAAGGUGCAGGAGCGGUACGACAGCGCCGUGCUGGGCACCAUGCACCUGUACCACGGCUCCUAGAAGUGCUGCCGGGGCGCUCGGAAACGCAGGAGUCCUUCCUGGCAGCCUGCUCAGAAUCCUGAUGUAGUAGCAACUUGAACGAAUGUCACAAUUUGUACUGUUUUUUUUAUACUUCAACUUUCUGACAAAGUAAACUUUGACAAGUUCCCAGCGAGUGCUUGUGCAUGAGUAGGGCUUACUGAGUGCAUAGCUGUUUCUACAGGGAGGCGUCCUUUUUAUAAGAUGCACUUUUGGAGUUUUUCUGAUGCCAAUCUCAACAUUGUCUUUUUAAUACUGUCACCAGAUAUUGCUGCUUUUCCUUUUGUUAAAAGAUUAAAUUAUAUGAUCAAGAUAAAUUGGAGCGGUAAAUGAGGUGCCUGGUAAUUUAUCUCUUUGUACAUGGGCAUCAUUUUAAAAAACUUGCUUCUACUGUUUUCUGUAGAGUUUGGCAGAACACAGCUAUUUCCUAUGCAAGGUGCAGCCUAACAAAGAUUUCUGCAGUGAUUUGUGUGGAGAAGAGAACGUUUGUCCUUUUGAAUUAAGCUUCUCAGAUCACCAUGUGGUGGAAGGUUUUAGUUGUAGACACAGUGGACCCUCCUUUAAUGAUGGAGAUCACUGCCUUGGGCUUCAUGGAAGACAGGCCCCACCUGGGGCUGCGUUCUGAUUUAUUGUUUUAUUCCACAUCUCCUGCUUGGUUCUGGAACUUUUACCACACAGAACAGAUUCCUUUAUAUGUAGUGGAAGUUACUAUUUGUAGGAAUUGUCAGGUCAAAAUAUUUAACUGACUUUUGACAUAUAUUUUCUUUUUUCCUUGUUUUUGUUUUCUGGGGUUUUCUGCUUUAAGAUAUAUACCACUAUAUAUAUCCAGUUAACUGAGAGAAUUUUGACUCUCUUAAUAAAACUGCAUUAAGUUUUUGAUUUUGUAGAAAUUAGCUUUUGUCUAGGCAACUAGUGGUUAUACUGUGCAAACAUUGUAAUGAAUUUUUACUUUUUUGAUUUUUGUAAUAAAAAUUGGUGCAGAUAGAGAAAAUGUCAAAAGAACAAAACAGUGUUUUAAGAGUGUUAAUAACAUUUUAAAACUGUCCUUCACAAAUGGAAUAAAAAACUCACACUCA